GCAGCCAUCGGUGUGAUAUGGUUCGAUAGUUCUCUACUUGCGCACUAGAGGACUGUCUAGAACGACAUCUUUGACGUUUGUCGUACUCAGCUCUGUUUUGUGCUCACAUUUUUGUCACUGAAAAGAAAAAAAAGAUGCUUACCAAAACUGUUUUGUCUGGACUUCGCUCCGUAUCGGCGGAAUGCCGUCGCAACUUCGGUAUUAUGGUUCCCGCUAUGCAAAAAGUAUCCGAUCCAAUUCAACAAUUGUUUGUGGACAAACUUCGUGAAUAUAAAUCAAAAUCGAAGAACGAUGAAUUCGUUGAUCCAACACCAGAAAUUAAAGCCGAACUUCAAUCAGAAUUGGAUCGUGUUAGCAAACAAUAUGGUGGCGGCAAGGGUGUUGACAUGACCAAAUUCCCCGAUUUCAAAUUCCAAGAACCUAAAUUAGACCCGAUCUUCAUUGAGUCAAAAGCUUAAAUUAAAGUAGAGAAAAAAAGCAUACAAUAAACAUUUCUUCUUCUAAAAUCAUACAUCCCCAUUUCUGUGAAAUUGUGUUAUGUGGGACGCUUUGAACAUUUAAAAUUGGAUGAAUAAUAAAAAGUCAAACUUAUAGAUCAAA